UUACAGCAUGUUUGGUGGAUAGGAAAGCAGCAGGUGUCUGCAAGUCAGCCUGAUACAGAGUUAGAGGUAUUUGUCAUUUAUAAACUAUAUUAGUUUUUUUCUGUCCAGCUGUGUUGACACAAAAACCGACAAAGAAAAACUUCAGAGUUGUGAUUUGAAGUCGUACAGGAUUGGCAAACAGCAGCCAGGUGAACACGAUGGACCUAUCAGCUCUCAUCCUAAAGAUGGCCUUUCUGCUGCUGCCUCUGCUGCACAGCACAGAUGCAAAGAUGGAAGUCAUCGUGAGUAAGCAAGAUUUUCUGGUGGGAGCUGAAAUCUUACUGCUUUGUCAAAGUGGGGGCGAGGGAGAUAUAAGGUGGCAAAAGGAUGGGGAAGAAAUUGAUGAUGAAAAGGUAACUAGGGUGGAUGAGACUUCCUCUAAACUGAGCAUUAUGAAUGCUACGAUGCAGGAUGCGGGCAGAUAUGUCUGUUUGUGUGAGUUUGACAACGGACACGAAGAUGAAGUGGCUACACAGCUGUAUGUUUAUGAGGGUCCAUCAUUUGGGAGCACAUACACCUACCAUGAAUUUCUGGAAGGCAUAGACGGUAUUGUGCCAUGCCUGGCGAUGGGCCAGCCAGCCCUGGAUGUGCACUGGCUCAGAGAUGGAAAAGAAAUCUCCCCUGAAGGAGGAAAGCGUGUGCGUCGGCUGCCUAACAACACAAUCCUGAUUGAAAAAGUGAAGAGAGAAGAUGCUGGGACAUAUGUGUGCUGGGCCGGGAUCAGAGGAAGACCCAUCAAUAAGCAACUCUCUGUCUCUGUUGUCGUCAAUUACCCUCCUUCUGUGCGUCUGAGAGAAGAGGUGAAAAAGGUUCUGGCCGGACCAGAGACGAACGUUUCCUUGCUGUGUUUGGUGGACGGUCUACCAAAACCCAACAUUAACUGGACCAUACCGGUGACCUUUGACCCCUCACAUCAUCAGUUUAACUUGGACCGCAGCCAGUUGACUAUAAAGUCUGUUGCCAGGCGCGACUACGGGGAGUACAUCUGCACCGCCACAAACAAGAUCGCUGAGAGCAGCGCUACCAUCAUGCUUCAUGUUUAUGAGGCCCCAGAGGUAUUUGUGUCAGCAGCGCAGCAGAAUAUGUCAGUGGGUGAACGUGUGUCCGUCUCCUGUAACAUCUCUGGUCAUCCUCACCCUGAGCUGCACUGGCUCAACAAGCAAAAUGGACGCACACUGGACUCUAGUUCUGGUCGUGUCCGUGUUGUGGAUGGUGUGUUGGUGAUUGAUGAGGUGGUGCCCUCUGAUGGUGGACUGUAUUCCUGCAUGGCUGUCAGCAACUCUGGAAAUGCAUCAAGAGACGUUGCAAUAUACACGCAGCCCGGUCCUCCUCACUACCUGUCAGUCUCACCUGGACCCACCUCAGUCCUCUUCUCGCUCAAAAGCCUCCCCGUCAGUGGAGGAACACUAAUCACUAACUUCGUCCUGCAGUGGAGGCAAAGUGCAGCAGAACAAUGGAACGAGGUCACAGUGCCAGUUUCAGAUCAUCCAGCUAUCACCACCAUCCAGCCGUACACACUGUACACUGUGCGCCUGGCUGCCUUGAAUGCUGUGGGAGUGGGACAGUUCUCAGAAACAAAAACUGUGCGCACUCAGGGACUUGGUGAACCAGACCGUCCUGUUAUUUCGUCCGAUGAGAUGAAAGUGGAGGGAAACACCUUCUCUGUUCCGAUUAACCAGAUUGAUGAUGGUGGAACUCCUCUGCUGCACUUUGAGCUACGAUACAGAAAGGAUAAAGAGGAGACACAGUGGAAGCAGAAGCAGAUGCUGCCUGAUGCUGACUCUGUCACCCUGCGAGACCUGUCCUACGGCGCAGACUAUGAACUGCAAGUCGUGGCGGUCAACGCUAACGGUUCCUCUCUACCAGCCAUGUUCAACUUUACUGUUGCAGAGCAGCCUGCCAAAGCGAGCAACAUGACAAAAGGCACCGUGUUCGGCAUCGUCAUGGUGAUCUUCCUGGUUGUAUUCCUUGCGGUGGAUGCCACCUGCUGCUACAGAAACCACUGCGGCCUGCUUAAGUCCAUCGCUGUGAAACUCUUUGGACAGAAGGUCCCAGGCCUCAAAACGCUUGAAGAAGGAGAGGGAACCUCUAAUGGUGAAAUGAAGCUGAAUGGCUUAUCCACUCCGAGAGGCAGUGUGCAACAUGCGGGGGUGCAGACACACACUAAGGACGGGGGGGCACUCACAGAGACCACGUGUGACAAGGCCCCCCUUACCAAAAACGAGAAAAAAACGCCAGGAGCAGACACUGCAGAUGCAUGAGACCAGAAGUCAGAAGAAAAAAUUAAUGAAAUAAAUAAAAAGUGUGAAUAAUUUAUAGACAAAUAAAGAAGAUAUCAAACCAUCACUCAGUCUUAUUAGCUGAGUCACAAUGGAAACAGCUGCUAUGAGAAAGGUCUGUCUUCACUGACGAACUGGAGAGGAAAAUCCUGAUUGUCGUUGCUAGUUAACUCUUGGCGGUUUCAGACAUCUGUACAGUUAAAUUGAAAAGACUGUGGGUUAAUUAUCUCCCAGCCUAAAGUUCAAAUGAAAACUGACCCAGAGUACAGGCAGGAGUUGUUUUGUUGUUGUUCUGUGUGCUAUGAAUUAUAGGGAAAAGGUCAUUUACAGGGUAAACUUGAUGUCUGUGUUUUACAGGGUAUAAUGAUUGGUGUAAGAAAUUAUUUUAGAAAAGUAUACACUUUCUAAAGUCACAAUCAAUGUUUACCUUCAACAUUUCAAAUGUUGCACACAGACAGAUGGUCUCAUUUUAAUUCAACUCGUAUGGAUAUCCUCGAAUGCAUUGAAAAUAGGUUUUAAAUGUUAAUGAUGGUUUUUAUAUCUUCAUUUUCCUUCUGUUUUAUUAACAUGCAUCGUGGUUGUAAGACUUAUACAUCUUUUUUUUAGCACUGUUUUCAGAUACUGACAUGUAUUACAGCUUGAACUAAACAUAUAUUACAUGUAUGUAAUCAUCAAACACUUAUAUGUAUUGUUUUAGGGAGUACCUGAGAGAUAUUUAUCAUGAAAGGCUUUGAACUGAAACCACAUUUGACUUUGUAACCAGCUUCACAAAGCAUUUUGUCUCUGUAAGUACUUUUAUAAAUGGUUGGCAACCAUUUAUAACAUGGAAGAAGGGACUUGUAAUAUAAUUUAAUGAAUUAACUUUUAAAGUACCUGUAAUAAUAGGCAACAUGUAUAACAAAACAGAUUUGUUAUAUUAAAGUUAAUAAAGCUGUACAUUUUUUUGUACUUUUAUAUUCUUAUGUACAGUGAUCAAAUAUUUAAAGGAAAAUUGUCAAAUAUUAAACCUGCAGCUUCUUAAAAGGAAUGAUACUUUGAAAUAAGUGCAUGGCCAUUUUAAUAAAGUUUUUUGGUAUUGUUGUAAUAUCGAAUUGAUCACUGGUUUUUUAAAAAUAAUUUCUAGUAUCCUUAAUUUUAUUUUAUAAUACAAAUGACAAGAACAGACAAUUUUGCCCAAACCCACUUCCCGGGACCUUUUCCAAUUACACAAUUACAUAACAGUACAAUAAAAAUAAUCUUUCUCUUAAUGCCAUUCCUCUCAUAAAUUAAACUUGUGUACAUUUUUAAA